UGUACGCGGCGAAUAGUGGACGUGUCUGUCCGCAGCCUUUUGGAAAAUUUUAUUAAGUGAAUCAAACGCUGCGCAAAUUGUGAAUACAUAUUGACACUUGAGAAGUUAUGAAAAAAGAACAAAUUGUGCUUUAAGUGUGUAAAAAAGAAGAGUUUGAAACAUGUUCAACAAGAAACUGCAAAUCGUGUCCAGACAUGUGCUCGUUCAGAGCUUGGGCCAGCAGGCGCUGCGCAGCCUGUCCUCAUCGAGCGCAGCAGUCAACAGCUACCUACAUCACAUAGGCAAGGAACCGCUGGUGUAUCGCAAUGUGGGCCAACAGCUGGAGCUGGCCGCCUCUCAGUUUGGCAGCACGGAAGCCCUGGUUUCGUGUCACGAGGCUAAGCGAUAUACGUUCCGCAGCCUGUUGGCUGAGGUUGACCGCUUGGCGGCGGGCUUACGCAAGCUGGGACUGCAAAGGGGCGAUGCGGUUGGCAUCUGGGCGCCCAACUAUAUCCAAUGGUAUCUGGGCAUGAUGGGUGCGGCGCGUGCGGGCCUCACCUCGGUGGGCAUCAAUCCUGCCUACCAGGGACCCGAGAUGGAGUACUGCCUGAACAAGGUGGACAUCAAGGCAAUUCUGGCGCCAGAUACAUUCAAGACGCAGAACUACUAUGAGAUACUACGUGACAUCUGCCCGGAACUGGCUCAAUCGGAGCCGGGCAAACUCAAGAGCGAAAAGUUUCCGCAUCUGCGCACCGUCAUCAUCAACAGCCAACAGAGCCUGAAGGGUGCGCUACGCUUCGAUGAGCUACUGGAUCUGAGCAAUGCCAGCGAGCAGGCGGAGAUUGGCAAGCUACAGCGCGAAAUACAGCCUGAAAGUCCGUGCAAUGUGCAGUUUACGUCGGGCACCACCGGCCAUCCCAAGGCGGCGGUGCUCUCCCAUCACAGUUUCGUCAACAAUGGCAUCCAUGUGGGCAACCGCAACGAGCUCGAGGGCGAGCGCAUUUGUGUCCAGGUGCCGCUCUUCCAUGCCUUCGGUGUGGGCAUCACCAUCAUGGCGGCCAUGGCCAAGGGCGCCACUCUGGUCCUGCCAGCAGCUGGCUUCAAUCCGAAGGACUCGCUGCAGGCAAUAGUCAACGAGAAGUGCACUGUGAUACACGGCACACCCACAAUGUAUGUGGAUCUGGUGGCUGAGCAGCGCAAGCUGCAGCUGCCGCUGGGCAAGAUUAAGAAGGCCAUCACUGGUGGCGCCGCAGUCUCGCCGCAGCUCGUCCUGGACGUGAAGCAGGUGCUGCGCGUGCAGGCCGUCCACAGCGUCUACGGCCUAACCGAAUCAACGGCUGUCAUCUUCCAGUCUCUGCCCGGCGAAAAGGAUGAUCGUGUCCUUCACUACGUGGGUCACCUCACGGAUCACAUCGAGGCCAAGAUUGUCGAUGCACAGGGCUGCAUUGUGCCCCUCGGCCAGCCGGGCGAGCUGUGCGUGCGCGGCUAUAUGACCAUGCUGGGCUACCAUGGCGAUGUGGAGAAAACCAAGGAGAUUCUCGCCGAGGACAAUUGGCUCCACACGGGCGAUCAGUUUGUGCUCGAGAGCGAUGGCUACGGACGCAUCGUGGGCCGCCUCAAGGAAAUGGUCAUACGAGGCGGCGAGAAUAUUUUCCCCAAAGAGGUCGAAGACUUUUUAAACAGCCAUCCGCAGGUGAUCGAGACUCAUGUUAUUGGCGUUCCUGACGAGCGUCUGGGCGAGGAGCUCUGCGCUUUUGUUCGCCUCGAGAGCGACGUCGAUCCCAAGUCCUUUACCAACGAGGCCCUGAAGGCCUACUGCAAGGGUAAACUGGCCCACUUCAAGGUGCCACGGUAUGUGGUGACCGUCGAUACAUUCCCCACUACCACCUCCGGCAAAAUUCAAAAGUUCAAGCUUUUGAAACAAUUUGAGGACACUUUCCACCCGAAGAAGGACCAAGCACAGGCUGUUCGAGUUUAAGUAUUAGCUCUUGUUCUUGUACAGAUUUUAUUUACUCAUAUAGCAAUAAAAAUUGAUAAUUAAAUGUA